CAUGAACACUGGAGCAACAUCAUGACGACGCUCAACCAGUCCGACCAGACCUCCCCUCCCCCCUCCCCUCUCUCCUCCUUUCAGCACAAUUUCUCCCUGUUUGUCACCCAUGACCCCUCGCUGUCCCCCUCCUCCUCUUCCUCCUCCUCCUCCUCCUCCUCCUCUUCCUCGCUGACCCCCUCCAACUGCACCAGCUCUCCGUCAGACGCGUCUCCUCCGUACAACUUCUACGCCGUGCUGCUGGUGCUGCUGAUCUUCUGCGUGGUGUUCGGGAACGUGCUGGUGUGCGUGGCCGUGUCGCGUGAGCGCGCGCUGCAGACGACCACCAACUACCUCAUCGUCUCGCUGGCCGUGUCCGACCUGCUGCUGGCGACGCUGGUCAUGCCCUGGGGAGUCUACCUGGAGGUGGUGGGAGAGUGGCACUUCAGCCUCAUCCACUGUGACAUCCUGCUCACCCUCGACGUCAUGAUGUGCACCGCCAGCAUCCUCAACCUCUGCGCCAUCAGCAUCGACAGGUACACAGCGGUUGCCAUGCCGAUGCUCUACAACACCAGGUACAGUUCGAGGAGGAGGGUGGCGGUGAUGAUCGCGGUGGUCUGGUUCCUCUCUUUCGCCAUCUCCUGCCCUUUGCUGUUUGGACUCAACAACACUGUCGGCCGGGAGGGCACCACCUGCAGCUUUGCCGACCCGGCCUUCGUGGUGUACUCGUCUGUUGCCUCCUUCUACGUUCCCUUCAUCGUGACGCUGCUGGUGUACGCUCAGAUCUGCUUGGUGCUGCGCAAACGAGGCAGACGCACCGCGCCGCCGCGCAGACACGGCCUGCAGACGCAGAGCGCCGCCGAGGCGGGAGAAGGUCACCGACACAGGAAGAAUAAGUGUACACAACCAGAGGAUGUGAAGUUGUGCACCCUGAUCCUGAGGCCUGCCACUGCAGGCCCACAGCGCAAGAAAGUGACCCUGGUGAAGGAGGCGGUGGUUCACCCUCUGGAAGUGGAGCCGGGUCAGUUCCUGCCGCAGACCGAGCAGAGCCUGGCUCCUCCUCCUCCUCCCCCGGCUCCCCAGACCUCCUCCUCCUCCUCCCAUGCCGGACGGGCCAGGAUCUCCCUCGCCAUCUCGGUUGGCCCCGCCCCCGUCCUCCCCUCCACGGUGACGAGGUCGGCCCUGAUGCCCCGCCCGCCCACCCUGGUGGAUGGCAUGAGGGGCCGUGAGGGGUGGAGGGAGCGCAGCGGGGGGAGGGAGAAGUGGGGGAUCACCAAGGAGCGCGUGAGAGGGAGGCUGUCGCAGCAGAAGGAGCGCAAGGCCACAAAGAUGCUCGCUAUUGUGCUGGGUGUGUUCAUCAUCUGCUGGCUGCCUUUCUUCCUGACCCACGUGCUGAAGGCCCACUGCAGGAGCUGCUGCAUCUCGCCCUCGCUAUACAGCGCUGUCACCUGGCUGGGAUACCUCAACAGCGCCGUCAACCCCGUCAUCUACACCACUUUCAACAUCGAGUUUCGCAAAGCCUUCAUCAAGAUCCUGCACUGCUGAGAGAGCCGGAGAGACGAGAAGCGUCAACUGUCAAGAAGCAGAAAGCGUCUGAUGUUGGUUUGAGGUGAGAGAGACAAGAACGAAAGAAGUAGCUGUCGGUUUUGAUACACAGAAAAAAAGAGGAUGAGACACGAGAUUUGGACUGACGAGGUAAGUGGUACAAUCUUUUCUGGCAAACAGAAGUCAGGAGAAAUGUAACCAGCAGCACAGAUGAGACUGAAGGAAGACAGGAACACGCAUACAGAGGGGAUGAAAACAGGCAGACGACCAUAAAAAAGAAGGAGUGUGACAAGUAAAAGACAAGAACACAAACCAGACUGGAGAUAUUUAUAGAGAAGAAGACAUGCACUGUGUUGUGUACAUACAGUCCGUAAGGGGAAUAUGUGAGGACUGAUCUCUCCAGACUGAAAGACUCCCUGAGACGUGACUGUUUUUCCAACGCUUGUUGACUUUCCCUGUUGUAUUCUUGUAAUCUUGACACGAGGCAUCUUGUUAUUUGUUUGCAUGUGUUUGUGUUUCUCAGAGGACUGGAACAAGUCAAAGAGGCAAAGAGAAAAAACUUUGACCAACGAGCCCUUUACACAAGUUUUUUGUGUGUUUUUAUGUGUAUUUUUUCUCUCUACUUUCAUGCCCAGGGCUCAAUCAUUUUUAACAAUUUUUGAAAACCCACUGAAGAUACAUCAAGGCAGAAUUAUUAAAUUGAUGAUUGGGCAGACAGAAGAAGAAAGCUCUCAUCUCAGUUAAUGCAUACUUUUUUUUUUUCGUCUUUAAUGAGUGUGCAAACGUAACAUUUCGUCUUGUAAAUUAUCAUUUCACUGGUUCAGAUCGAGGGCUUACAAGUGUUGUACAAAGAAUUGUUAAUAAUAAUAACAAUAAACAUUCAUUGCUUAUUUUG